AGACACCAUACCACGGCAAGCGUGCAGCCUGCUCACCGACACAGCCUGCUCACUGGCAGAUCAGCUCACCGACACUGCCGCUGUUGUGUCCUGGAUGCUGCUGGCAGCAGACGGUGCAGUAGGACUGCUAACAGUCAUCAUACACUGCUUCCGCUGCAACUCUGCUCUGCUGCUCUUGCCUCGACAGUGAAUUUCUCCAUGUUGUCUGUCACGGGCUCCCAGACGCCAUACCACGGCAAGCAUGGAGCUCACUCAGCUCAUCGCUGCAGUUGUGAGCAUUGUAAACACCUUGCGCAUUAUCCUGCAGUAUGUGCAGAACCUGCAAAAGCAGGCGAGGAGGCGACGACAGUGCAAUCAUGAUAGUGAUGAGGACAUGGAUACAGACUUCUCUCAAAGCACGGGCCCUGGCAAUUUGGACAUCAUGGUGGUAAUGGGGCAGGUUCAUGCCAUGGAACGCCGAUUCUGGGCCCAGGAAACAAGCACAGACUGUUGGGACCGCAUAGUGUUGCUGAUCUGGGAUGAUUCCCAGUGGCUGCAAAACUUUUGCAUGCAUAAGGGCACUUUCAUGGAACUUUGUGACUUCUUUUCCCCUGCCCUGAAGUGCAAGAAUACCAAGAUGAGAGCAGCCCUCACAGUUCACAAGCAAGUGGUGAUAGCCCUCUGGAAGCUUGCAAUGCCAGAUAGCUACCAGUCAGUCAGGAAUCAAUUUGGAGUGGGUAAAUCUACUGUGGGUGCUGCUGUGAUCCAAGUAGCCAAUGCAAUCACUGAGCUGCUGCUAUCACGGGUAGUGACUCUGGGAAAUGUGCAGGUCAUAGUGGAUGGCUUUGCUGCAAUGGAGUUCCCUAACUGUGGUGGGGCAAUAGACGGCAUGCAUAUCCCUAUCUUGGGACUGGACCACCUUGGCAGUCAGUACGUAAACUGCAAGGGAUACUUUUAAAUAGUGCUGCAAGCACUGGUGGAUCACAAGGGAUGUUUCACUGACAUCAACGUGGGAUGGACGGGAAAGGUGCAGGACAUUCGCAUCUUCAGGAACUCUGGUCUGUUUGAACAGCUGCAGGAAGGAACUUACUUCCCAGACCAGAAAAUUACCAUUGGGGAUGUUGAAAUGCCUAUAGUUAUCCUUGGGGACCCAGCCUACCCCUUAAUGCCAUGGCUCAUGAAGCCAUACACAGGCAUCUUGGACAGUAGUAAGGAACAGUUCAACUAUAGGCUGAGCAAGUGCAGAAUGGUGGUAGAAUGCGCAUUUGGACGUUUAAAAGCUCGCUGGCGCAGUUUACUGACUAGGUUAGACCUCAGCGAAACCAAUAUUCCCAUUGUCAUUGCUCCUUGCUGUGUGCUCCACAAUAUCUGUGAGACUAAGGGAGAGAUGUUUAUGACGGGGUGGGAGGUUGAGACAAAUCGACUGGCAGCUGAUUACGCACAGCAAGAUACCAGGGCGAUUAGAAGAGCACAGCUGGGAGCCCUGUGCAUCAGAGAAGCUUUGAAAACCAAUUUCAUGACUGGUCAGGCUACAGUGUGACAGUUGUCUUUGUUUCUCCUUGAUGAAAACCCGCCCCCUUGGUUCACUCUACUUCCCUGUAAGCCAGUCGACCUCCCCUCUUCAACCACCGGUUUCAGAGGCAAUAAAGUCAUUAUUGUUUCCAAA